AUGUCAGAAAGGAAGACAAAGCGUGAAUCUGGUGCUUUUUAUAGAAAGCGUAAAGCGGAAAAAGAUAAGCAAGAAGAAAAUUUACGAAAUUCUAUGCUUAAGUUUGUUAAGUUAGAUGAAGAUAAUAAUCCAGUUUCGACUUCAGCGAGGAAUUUUUCUAUCGACGAAGCAACAUCUGAUAAUAUUAGAAAAGACGGAUUUUCUGAUUGGCGACAUUUGGCUACACAAUUAUCCCGACAUGAAUCAAGUAUUGAUCAUAUGUUCAAUUAUCAAAAGUGGAAUGAAUUGAAAAAAAGACUUAGUAAGAAUUGUACUAUAGACUGUGAACAACAACGAUAUUUUGAGUCGGAGAAAAGAAGAUGGCGUGAUAUUAUCACCAGAAUUGUUGCAAUUGUACAGUAUUUAGCAGGACAAUGUUUAGCUUUUAGAGGUGAUUCUGAUGUAUUAUAUGAACGAAAUAACGGAAAUUUUCUAAAAGGUAUAGAAAUGCUGGCGAAAUUUGAUCCAAUUAUUUCAAAUCAUAUCAAUAAUAUUCAAAAAAAUUGUACGCCAGAUGUAACGCAUGUUGAACAAAUUUCUGUUGUAGCCAGAAUAGUGGAUAUAAGCACAUCUAUUGAAAUUAAAGAACUAUUUCUUGGGUUCUAUCCAGUAUUGGAUGCAACUGGAGAAGGAUUGUUUAAUUUCUUUACCAAUGAAUUAUUAAGUACUUAUGAUUUAGAUGUACAAAACAUACGUGGCCAAGGAUAUGAUAACGGUUCCAACAUGAAGGGGAAAAAGAGUGGUCUGCAAUGUAGACUUAAGAAUGUAAACCCAAGGGCUAUGUAUAUACCUUGUGCAUCCCACUCGUUAAAUUUAGUG